CAGGGCACUGAGGGAGGAUGCUGCAUUCAAAUGUAUCGUAUAAGCGGGAAAUCAGAAAAUUAAAAGCUCUCUGGCGGACUCCUCCCCCUCCAAUCAGACAUCAGGCAUGUCCAGCAGAACGCAGAGAGCAGGAUCCAUCUCAGCGGAGAGCAGACACGGCAAUAGAACCUGAGCUUUAAUCGUAAAUGUUACCUGCUCAAAAUCCGUCAUCAUCCUCGGAAAAUUAAAGAGUGUCGACAUCAAAAACUACAGGAGCAGAAAGUACACACUUUGAGCUUCUCAACGAGCAUCGUAUUGUCACAAUAUGAGUUUAGUAGUAUUUUAAAACAAGAGGCGAAAGAUUGUGAGAGCCGACUUCACCCGGAGGCACCACACAGAAGACGCAAUUCUUCGCCUGAACAGACCUCCUCCGACGGAUGUUUUUGCCUGGUUUGCUUUUAAACAACCUUUGGCUUUGAAUAUUUAUAUAUAUUUUUUUUAAAAAAAAGAAAAUAUUUCGGAGCUAGUGAGCCUGCUUGCUAGCCGACCCCUACCAUGGAGUUGAGAGUGGGAAACCGAUACAGACUGGGCAGGAAGAUUGGUAGUGGUUCGUUUGGAGACAUCUACCUGGGAACUGACAUCUCCGUCGGAGAAGAGGUCGCCAUCAAGUUGGAAUGUGUCAAGACCAAACACCCCCAGCUCCACAUCGAGAGCAAAAUCUACAAGAUGAUGCAGGGCGGAGUGGGUAUCCCAACGAUAAAGUGGUGCGGCGCGGAGGGCGACUACAACGUGAUGGUGAUGGAGCUGCUGGGGCCCAGUCUGGAGGAUCUGUUCAACUUCUGCUCUCGGAAGUUCAGCCUCAAGACCGUCCUGCUGCUGGCUGACCAGAUGAUCAGCCGCAUUGAGUACAUCCACUCCAAGAACUUCAUCCACAGGGACGUGAAGCCGGACAACUUCCUCAUGGGUCUGGGCAAGAAGGGCAACCUGGUCUACAUCAUCGACUUCGGCCUGGCCAAGAAGUACCGCGACGCGCGCACGCACCAGCACAUCCCCUACCGCGAGAACAAGAACCUGACCGGCACGGCCCGCUACGCCUCCAUCAACACGCACCUGGGCAUCGAACAGUCCAGAAGGGACGACUUGGAGUCGCUCGGUUACGUCCUCAUGUACUUCAACCUGGGUUCUCUGCCCUGGCAAGGACUCAAAGCCGCCACCAAGAGACAGAAGUACGAACGCAUCAGCGAGAAGAAAAUGUCCACGCCCAUCGAGGUCCUCUGCAAAGGCUACCCAUCGGAGUUCGCCACCUAUCUGAACUUCUGUCGCUCUCUGCGCUUCGACGAUAAGCCCGACUACUCGUACCUCCGCCAGCUCUUCAGGAACCUCUUCCACCGACAGGGAUUCUCCUACGACUACGUCUUCGACUGGAACAUGCUCAAAUUCGGAGCCAACAGGGCCGCGGAGGACGCAGAGAGGGAGCGUCGGGAACGAGAGGAGCGUCUGAGGCACAGCAGGAACCCCGGAGCCAGGGGCCUGGCCUCGGCCUCGGGAAGAGCCAGGGCAACUCAGGAUGUCGCAGCCCCCUCCCCACUGAACCCUGCCUCACACACAGGUAUGGAGAAGGAGAGGAAGGUGAGCAUGCGUCUACACCGCGGAGCGCCGGUCAACAUCUCCUCAUCAGACCUGACGGGCCGCCAGGACACAUCCCGCAUGUCCUCACAGGCUCUGUCCCGAGUCACAGCCAGCGGCCUCCCGUCUGCAGCCCCCCGGUGAAACCCUCCCCUCCACCUCUGCACCACGGAGGCCUCAGCAUUUGCCACCUGCAGUGCACACACACAUACACACACACAGACACACACAAACACACACUCUUUCUCUCACCCACACACGCACACUCACACAUAUGAACUUUCAAACGGACUCUACCAACUAAUGCACAAGAGUCCGGCUGAGCUCCUGUUUACGUGACCGAGGACGAGGUGCACAGCCGGGAGAGUGUUUGUGUGUGUGCGAGAAAGAGAUGCAGAGAUGGAGAGAGAGAGGUGGGCAGGUGGAGUACAGUUUGGUUGCCUUAACAACCACUUUGGCAAAGUAGCAGCCACAGCAUCCCUUCUUCCCCCCUCCUCCUCCUCCUCCUCCUCCUCCCCCCUUUCCCACAGAAGACGUGGAAGCACCUCCUUACUGUCGACGAAGCCAUGGAUUCACUGUUCUCUUGGCAUCUUCUGCUCAUUUUUAUUUUUUUUUUCGACUUUUGAUUUUACUUGUUUUUAAUCUUUAGCAUUAAAACGUCUCCGACACCAGCCGCCGCUCAGACUUCACGAGGGUCUGAAAACGGAGACCAAACGAGUGGUUGAACGGUGGGAUUUAUUUUUAAGUGCAGAAGCGAGAUUGCCAUCGCGGCGGUCGUUAGAGGCCAGUGCCUGAACUCUGUUUCGUGUCCUGAACGAUGCUGUAAAAUCCCACGAGUCAGCAUUUUAUCUGAUUUUUUUUUUUUUUUUUUUUUUAAGUUGUUGCAGGUUUAAAUUUAAAGCUAUGAUAAACCCCCUUGGUUUGUUGUGAAAUGGGACGGGACAAAAGGCCUUUUAAAUGUUCCUCUAUUUUUAUUUUCGUUUUUUUGACAUUGUCCUCCUCAGGUGGAACGGGACGUUGUUGGAAAAAUCCCAAAACACACAAAAAAAAAAAACAAAAAAAAAAAACACGCAGCACAUUUUGUUUCCGUCUUCAGGUCGUGACUGCAGUGGGGGAAAAAGCUGUGAAUGGAACAGUGAAAUAUUCUGGGGUGGGGUGGGGUGGAAGGGGGGGGGGGUCAAUCUGUCCACACUGAAUGGAUGAGAUGUCAUUUUUUUUUUUGUUUUUUGUUUUUAAACCCGGUGCAUAGUGAUGUGGUUUCUGUGUGUGUGUGUGUUUGUGUGGUUCUGUCUUAGGGAUAUACGAGCUCAAACGGGUGGGGGAUGAACUUGUUGAGGGAUUUUUCUUUUCUUUUCUUUUUUACUCCUUUGCCUCCUCAACCUCCCUCUACAUAGUCUGCCUCCAUUUUUUUUUUUUUUUUUUUAAACCAUUUUCUCUUUCAUUUAUCACUCGAUACUGACUAAAUUAUCUUCGUGUUGCAGCCUGCCCGUCUGGACUCAGCUCUGUAGCGCACAACACACAAAAAUCACCCUCACAAGACCUUACGUAAUGUAGUGAGUGUGAGUCUGCGUUGUGCAACCCGCGUGACAGCGGACACUUUUUUGUACAUUUUCUGGAUUAAAUUCCCAGAAUCCAGUACACAGUAUGUGCCAUUACGCAGCAUUUUACAACACGGUUAUAUGACAAUUUCAGCAGACGUGUUAAAGGGGCAUUUCAUCAUUCUUCUAGCAAAAUACGUUGCUGAGUUGCAUUAUGGGACUUGUAGGAUGUAAUGUUUUUUGGUCCUGACCCUAUGUUCUUGCAGCUUGUAUUGUGUAGCCUUCGUUAUCUGCAAGUGCCACAACGUUUUGGGAACUAAACUCCUGGGCUUGCCCCUUUAAUAUUCAGACCAAUGAGUUAAAGUGCCGUAAAUAGCUACGAGCUGUCGUAAAUUUCUGGGUUAAUGUUCCAGAAAAAAACGAGCGGGCCACACAAACACAAAUGUGAGUGUUCUUGGAGAAAAAUGGGACCGGUUUGGUUUAAAAUCUGGCUACGCGGAAGCAAAGGAGGUUUUUUUUCUUAUUUAUUUUUAUUUUAUUUUUUCGGAGAGCCGUGGGCCGAGCGGCGUCAUGAGGAAGGGGGCGAGCCCCCUCACGCGGCUCUUCCUCUGUGACUUUAAAGUAGAAACUUCUCGAUGUGAUAGACUGAUUGCAAAGUAUUGUAGGCCAUUUUUCUGUAGUUUAAAAACGGGGGAUGGGGUCGUAGUGGUAAUUUGUACAUGUUUAUUCUGUUGUUGUGUGUAGGAUGUGUCAGCUCUGCGUCCGCACGAGCCGCCGUACUUUGUUUUUUUUUUGUUUGUUUUUUUUUCAGGCGAUCGCGUCGGAGUGUAGAGGGACUGGGGAUGCCUCACUCCAUUAGAGAUUUUUUCUAAAUAUUCUUCGCCUGUGGGCUUGAAAAACCUUAAAAAAUAAUAAUAAUACUGAUGGAUUAACUUGUUUGUCUCACUGAUGAUGGCUAUGAUAAAUGCAAGUACACUUUACAUGGGAUAGGAUUUAUUAUUUUUUAUUACUAUUUUUUUCAGCCUCACUUUUUUUCUUUUUUUAAUUUUAUUUUAUUUUUUUUGUCCCCUCCUGUCCGAUUUUUGCUUUUAACUGCGCAGUGGAGAUGAUUGCUCGUGUCCCACAAUGCAUCUGGACUCAUGGGGAAUCUUUUGUCUUUCCACUCCCACCUUAAGACUUUUGCUCCUCGUUUGUAAUGCCACUGUAUUUGUGUAUUUUAAAAUUGUGUAAAUAAAUUAAUAAGUACUUGUA